CAACAUAAAAACAACGACAAUUGCAAAAAGAUUCAUUUUAAAGCAUACAUUGAAGACUUACACAUUGAUAUACAGAAACACGUUCUUUAUAAAACAGCAAUGGACAGCUAGUUAAUACUAUGGCAAGUGACAAUGAAUAUAUCUUUAAGUAGCGGAAAUAUCUUAUAAAGGAGUGUUAAGAGGAUGCAAUUUUGGUUAAACUCGCUCAAGUCCAGUCAGACGCAAGGUUUGAUAUGAAAUGUGUGUAAAUGUGUACUAAAAAUGAAGAAAUUGUGCGAUUUCAAGUGUCCUAAGAUACCAGUAGUGAGGAAAUGCUGCUUCUGUAUACCUACCUAUGUAGGUAUAGCUGUUUUUGGAUAUGCUGAUCUCACUCUAGCCCUAGUGGCUUUUCCAAUGCUGAUGUAUGAGAUGGUAGAUGAGCUGACGAGUGACAAGCCUCGAGGAGAGAUGCGCUACAGUGACCCAGCAGUGCACCUUCCUGUGAUAGUAGCUGCAGCAUUAGCAGACAUUGUUCUAACAGUGGUCUUGCUAAUCGGAGCACAUAGAAAAAACAAAUUGCUACUGAAGAUAUACUUCUACUUCGCGACGAUUUCGCAGUUGAUGACAUUACUGGCAGACCUACCAUUUUACGACUAUACAGCACACAGGAAGAAUGCUGUCUAUCUGUUCUAUGUAGGGUUGAACAUCUACCUGCUGUUUCUGGUGCACAACGUGGUCUACGUGAGGGAGGACAAGAGGGAGAUCCAGUACAUAGCUUAUGACCAGCAUCAGGUCACCGUUUGACACCAACAACUGGGCGGGAUAAAGACACGAGGAAUUUUGACUCUGUAAAUAAAUUGUAAAUGUUAAUAAUAAAAUGUCCAAGUUUACUGAA